UCCACUUGCCUCGGCCUCCCAGAGUGCUAGGAUUACAGGAGUGAGCCACCGUGCCCAGCCCUGAGCACUGCAUUUUAACAAAGGUAGCACCACUCUUCAAACAGGAGUCCAUUGGAUUCCCAUCUGGGGGAGGGGAACAAAAUGGAGCCAAAUGGAGCCUCACAACCCUGGGAAAAGUGAUAAUGAGAUGAGGCAGUGAGUACAUAAAUGAAUAAACCCCCGGAUCAGAGCCCUCCUCUCUUCCCCUCCUCCUUCCACCCCAGUGGAGCCCUAGAAAGCCAGCUUUUCACACUCCUCUUUGGUCUUGGGCACAGGUUCUCAGCCUGGGGGCCCAUCCAGGAGGCCCCAGCCCAAGGACCCCUUAAGGACUGAGGCAGCAGUAACAGAUGUUAACGCGCCACCCAGCCCUUGACCUCAUAGGCUUUGGCCUUGCUCUGUCUGUGACACCCACUCUGUUAGCUUUCUGCCUCCUCCUCCCCAGACUGGCAGGGAUGUGGAACAUGAGGCAGUAGCUGCUACUUAAUGUCUCCUAGCCCCUGCACUUUCCUGUUUAAAACCCAUGGCAAACAAUGUCUAGUCAAUAAACACCCAUCAAGCCCACUCCAUGCCUGGCCCUGGCCUGGGCACUGAGGACACAGGUGAAUCAGACGCCUCUGGCAUGGUGAGGAGGCAGAUGCCACGCGGGUGGGCACAGGUACAGCAGGGGUGGAGGGGCUAUGAGAGGUUACACCAGAGGCUGGGGGAGCAGGGAAGACUUCCUGAGGGAGGUGGCUGUUGAGCUGAGCUUCACAGGAUGAGCAAGUGCAGUUCCCCAGAGGGCACUGACUAUCUUCCAUCCCACCUAGUCAUCAGGGGCCUGUGGCUCCUAAAGCCCCUGGGCUUCUCUGUAAUGGCACUGAUGUCUGUAUAUUGUCACUGUCCUCUUCAGAUCUAUCUCCUCCUAUCUAUCCCUUAAGGACAGAUUCAUCUCUGUAUCCCGGGAAUUGCCAGAACAGUGUGGGCCUAGAGCCUCUGUUGAAUUGAGAAAAAGAAGCCGGGUGGGGAAUAGGCAGGCAGGCAGGUGAGGCGGAUGAAAGCCUGAGGCAGCCCAAGUGCUCUAGUGGUCCCCCUCCCAAGCCUGGUUCCCCCUUUGUAGUUCUCCCAGCUCCGCCCUCUCCCCCUCCAGCUUGAUCUGCACAACUUCCUGCCGCUGGUACUAGGGCUGCACCACCAUGACACGAACUGCUCCCCUCUCCUGCCUGCUGGCCCUGUUCGUGGCAGGCCUAGCCCAAGGCAUCAGGGGCUCCCUUAGGGUCCAGGACCCAGGUCCCCGGCCGCUGGAGCUGAAAGAGGUCUUCAAGUUGUUCCAGGUCCAGUUCAACCGGAGUUACUCCAACCCAGCAGAGCAUGCUCGCCGCCUGGACAUCUUUGCCCACAACCUGGCCCGGGCUCAACAGCUGCAGGAGGAGGACUUGGGCACAGCUGAGUUUGGGGUGACUCCAUUCAGUGACCUCACAGAGGAGGAGUUUGGCCGUGUCUAUGGCCAUCAGAGGGCAGCUGGAAAGGUGCCCAGUGUGGGCAGAAAGGUAGGAUCUGAAGAGCAGGGGGAGCCAGUGCCCCCGACCUGUGACUGGCGGAACAUGGCAAACAUCAUCUCACCCAUCCAGGACCAGGUGCCUGCCCCAGCCCAGCCCAAUCCUGCCAAGUGGUGGGAGGUGGUGGGUAUGGCCUGCACCUUACCUGCCCUCACCCUCUUGUUCACUAGAAACACUGCAACUGCUGCUGGGCCAUGGCGGCAGCGGGCAACAUCGAGGCCCUGUGGGGCAUCACAUACAAAACCCCUGUGGAAGUCUCUGUGCAGGGUAGGGCUGGGCAAGGACACGUGUGGGAUGCGGGGGAGGACUAGGCCCCAUUCUCCCAUACUGUCCCUUCUUACACCAGAGCUGCUCGACUGUGGCCGCUGUGGGGAUGGCUGCCAGGGUGGCUUCGUCUGGGACGCGUUUAUAACUGUCCUCAACAACAGUGAGUACACGCAGCUCUGGGCAGCUGCAGGGGUGGGGGUGCUCAGCAGCGAGCCUCCUCCCUCAUCCUGCUUAUCUCCAGGCGGGCUGGCUAGUGCAAAGGACUACCCGUUCCAGGGCCACGUCAAAACCCACAGGUGCCAGGCCAAGAAGUACAAGAAGGUGGCCUGGAUCCAGGAUUUCAUCAUGCUGCAGGACAACGAGCAGAGAAUUGCCCAGUACCUGGCCACCCACGGCCCCAUUACCGUGACCAUCAACAUGAAGCUACUGAAGCAUUACCAGAAAGGUGUGAUCAAGGCCACACCCACCACCUGUAACCCCCAGCAUGUGGAUCAUUCUGUCCUGCUGGUGGGUUUUGGUAGGGACAAGCAAGAGGAGGGGAUAUGGGCAGAGACAGUCUCGCCCCAGUCGCGCCCUCGCCGCUCCAUCCCAUACUGGAUCCUAAAAAACUCCUGGGGGGCCCACUGGGGAGAGAAGGUGAGUGUUACCUACUGGGGAAGGGCAGAACUGGCCUCUCCCCACCUUCCAGCCCUGAUGUCCCCUAACUUCCUAGGGCUAUUUCCGGCUGCACCGGGGGAACAACACUUGCGGUAUCACCAAGUACCCACUCACUGCCCGUGUGGGCCAACCAGUUAGAAAACGCCAGGUCUCCUGUCCCCCCUGAGCCCACCGAGCCUCCCCACAGCUAUCUCCUGCUAUGCCUGCCGCUGCUUCGUCAGCCCUGCCACAAGGUUUUGCCCAUGCUCCCAAUCUUCUCAAUAUGGCUGAAUAAACCCAGAUGAGACCCCUGG